CUUCGAUUUGAAUGUUGCAGUGCUGGCUAUAAAUCCACCUUUCGAGGCAAACAGCGACUUCCUCUAUCCUCCACCAUUCAGCUGGACCCACGAAACUAUCACCCAACCAUACCUAUCAAAAGAGCAUCUUGCUCGAUUUCACUCGCUCUCGUCUUUCUUCUUUCAUCUUGUAUUCACUACACACAGAACUUCCUCCUUUGAACAUUGCAAUCGAACAAAGACCGCGAAACCCACAACCAUGGUCAAGCCUAGGCCAAUCGUGGUCGGCUCUCCGGCUCGCAACAGUCAUGCAACGGAAGAUGAGGUCGGAGAAAGGACUCCAGAAAUGAUCCGUACUCGCUUCCAAAGGUUCGCGAGCACCGCACCUUUCUUCCCAGCUGGUCCACGCAUCAUGCAGGGAGGCCAGGGUGGCAUCGCUUUCGGAGCCAACACAUCAUCAUCAGUUCCCGACCUUGAUGAUCCUUUCGGGCCAGUGGCAAGGAGCACCGAGCAUGCCCAAGCUACCGAAGAUGUCGAGGCUGUCACUGCCGAGCGGCCUACCAAAAGGCGCCGAAAGGCAGCCGUCCAACCCUUGAUGCAGCUCAGGCGCUACUCUGUGCGGACACAGACUAAGUCAGCAACCUCGAUGAACCGAGUCUGGCAUCUGCUGCCAGCCGAGCUCAGAGAGCGGAUCUGGGAGAUGGCACUUGAAGACCCAAUGGAUAUGCGGCGGAUCGUUUAUAUCCGCAACCGCAACACACCAGGGUUCCCAAAUUACCGUAGGAGCUCUAUCUCGGUCAAUUUUGCAGUACCGACUGGUUCGAGCAUUUCGUUGGCAUGCGUCGAAUCUCACGCAGUUUUCAUGCGCAAGUUCUUUAAGGUCUACCAACGAGACUAUCAGAUGAUGUUUGCCCGGUUCAAUACAUUUGUCGGAAGCCUUCAGCGGGCCAGCAUAGACAUCACCUUGUCCCGAGAGUCGGCCACAGCUGCUCCCGAGAAUGCAGCCCAGGGUUCUCUGACUGACGCUCAAUUCUGGGCCCGUCGCUACACGUCUUCAGAGACUCCUGUUCCCCUUGCCCCGAGGACCGACAACAUUCCCAAGGUCAAAGCAAAGAUCACACAUCCUCUCAGCUCUGUCAUUAGUCACCUUGACACUAGUGAGCAGCAGCCAGUGAACCCGGAAGUUGAUAUCAUCUAUAUCGAGCCUUGCUGCGAUGGAUGCCGCGGCCAGCACUGUAUUAGUCGGCAAUUCUUGGCCGUGGACCGCAACGCCGUUCGCUUUCUGAUUGUCAAGGACGAACCGCUUUGGCCUCCCACGCGCGGCGGGAUUCCCCCGUGCUGGGUGACGCUCACCAGUGUCUUUCCGAACGUGGAGAUAAUGUACAUUGACAUCGCCAAUCUGGGACCGCCUCUCUCCACCAUUGGCAAGACGAAGCAGCGGCGGGUCAUGGUGCGUGUCAAGGACACUGCAAUCCCGAGAGCCGUAACCCAUCAAGACCGGUUCGCCGCCUGGAAGGAGGAUGCCGGCAAGGACUUCAAGCUGGCCAAGAUUGAAUUCGUAGCCGUUUACGGGCACAAGGAGCCCGGAGUUGGUAGGCCGGACGGGGAUCAGUACCCGCUGGCCCUAAGGGAGGGACGCCGACACAAGCUUGCUGACGAUGUCUUCAUUGUCCGCUAGGCUGAAGCUUUCCUUGUGAGUCGUCGAGCUGUUUGGCAAUAUGGCCUUUGGCUUUAUGGCUUCCUACCACAGGACCUCCCCUCGGGCUGUCUUUCUUUCUCACGCUCUCUUUGUCUCACUUCCCGAAUCUCAAAUUUCCGGUUCUGCUGAUGUUUUCACUCGCCAUCGUCUCUGUUGUCUGACACGGUCGUUCUGAGUGAUAAGUUGUGACAAGCUUGCUUGUAAUUGACUGCUCAGUCACCUCAAGCUUCCAAAAUCACAUGGCUGCGUUGAAUUUUGCGUUCCCCGGAUUUGCCGUCUUUCUCUCUCACAUUCAAUCUCUUCUCGUCUGGGGGACGAGUCGACAAGUUAAACAGGAUCUUUAAUGAAAUAUUG